AUGUCACACGAGAUCAUGUCAGACGAGAGCAAGUCAAGUUCGCAGCCUUUUGUGCAGCUGCUCGUUGGUAGCGGUGUCCUCUCGCUGGGAUUAGUGCUCGUCUGCUUGAUCGCCUUGCUGUUCAUUGUCCCCAGGACAGAUGGCGUCCCGCGGUCUAUGCUGACUAUCGCAAUCUCUCUUUCCAAGGUCAUCAAGCCUCUCCAGCAACGAGGAACCAUGGCUACUACCAAGCAAAUCGUUGCUAAGCUUAGUAGAACCCAGCGUUUCCGUGCCAUCCGCGCCGACAUGAACGGUCAGCUUGUUCUCGAAUUCGCACCUUGCGAUCCAACAGAACAUCGCUCGUUAGAGGCUGACGCUAAGGUCGCAUUCGAUUUGUGUACAGAGCAUAACAAAUCAUUUCUCCUAUCGCAUGUAAAGAGGUUGGCGCUGCCUAUAGCGGGUUCCCUCAUACUUGCUAUUGGUAUUCAAGUGUGGUUGCAGAAUAUUAAUAACCGAAGGCCCGAAAAUGCUGAUGAAUGCCUCCCCAUGGACCAAAUAUUCGGUUUCCCGGGCGCACGGAUCAGCUUAAAUAUUCUCGUCUCAUUUUACGGUCUCGCUAUCGCCGCUGCCUUCGAGCAGAUGAUGCACAUCUACCGCUGGUCCGCCCUCCACAGGAACCCCCUUAGAAUUCUCCAGCUUGAGAAUCUCUUCCAGGGGCACACAAUCUUCUCGUCCUGGCGUUUUCAUGACCUACCUAUCCUAGGACGUCGCAUCUUCACCACGGGCGUGCACUUCGUCAUCAAAAAAGCCGUGCACACAACGGAAUAUGACAUCUUCAAAAGGGCUGAGAAAAACGAGGUAUCUUGGCUUGCCCAGCCACUCAAAGGAGCAUACGCAGUGUCUGAGACAGAUGAUGGCAGCGAUCUGGUAGCGGUAUCGCAAAAAGUCUUCCUAGAUGGGCCAUAUGAACAGGAUAUUCACCUCAAAAAUCUUAAGGCCGUCAUCCUGGUUGUUGAGGGCUGCGGCACCUUUGGGGCUGUUUCUCGCGCUAUGUUUCUCGCUCAGCGCGCUUUCCAAAACAGGCAAGAGAUGAAAGCUCAGAAAGAUUUCAGCGGACGAUUCGAGAGAUUUUAUAGCGACAAACGAGAAGAGUCAUUUUAUUCUGUAUUCCGGAGCUGCAAGCGCAAGACCGGUUGGCCACGACCCAGUUAUCUCAACUAA